UCUGCAACCCAGUAUGUUUGUAGUCUUCUUGAAUUUUGACAUAAAGUUAUUGUCCCGUUUUUAAGGUAACUCUACAAACGUGUGAACCUUUGCAGAGAAACAUUAUCUGAUCCUCACUGGCAGGCUGCUUUUUUUCCCCCUCUAAGCCUCACAUGGACAUUUUUUGCAGCGUGCUUUGACGCAAUUGACAGCCUUUGGUUACUCGUCUCCAUAAGUGCGUGGCAGCCCUGAUGCAUAUCUGUGCUGUCAGCCGGAGUAAAAGGUGGAUCCUCCACAACAAGCCAACACCUCUUAUCGUCAUCCUGUCAUGCGUGUAGCAGAGCAGCUCCAUCCAGCUCCAUCUCUCGGACUGCUGCUGACAACAACACUCCCGCCCCACCUCGCCUCUUCGCAGAUACACUUGCGCGUCCUGGAAAACACGCUGACAGGAUGAAUGGCUACGGGUCCCCCUACCUGUACAUGGGCGCUCCGGUGUCUCAGCCUCGGGCCCCGCUGCAGAGGACCCCCAAGUGCGCGCGCUGCAGGAACCACGGCGUGCUGUCGUGGCUCAAAGGUCACAAGCGCUACUGCCGCUUCAAGGACUGCACCUGCGAGAAGUGCAUCCUCAUCAUCGAGCGGCAGCGCGUCAUGGCGGCACAGGUGGCGCUCCGCAGGCAGCAGGCCAACGAGAGUCUGGAGAGCCUCAUCCCGGAGUCCCUCAGAGUGCUGCCCGGCAUCGGCAUAGCUGGAGCCGGCGAGGGGAACCAGGGAGCCCCGGCGAGGACAGAAGAGCUGGAGCUGAGGUGGAGCAGCACGGAGCCGGUGCAGGCCGAAGCCCAAACAUGCACAGAGCCGACUGAGGACGGUCCUGAUGAGGGGUCCGGGGGUGAAAACGGGGGCAGCUUCAGUGAGAAGGAGCAGGACCCGGUCAGCUCCCCUGAAGGCUCCAAACCAAACUCCUGUUACACCCCGGAGCCCCCAGAGACCCCCUCCCACCCGGAGGACAGUCGCUACAGCGUCCCUAAAGCCGGCAGCACAGAGAAGGAGGCCAAAGCCGAGAGUCCUCAGAAGUAUCCGGUCAGCUCUGGAGAGCAGGGCGUGCUGAUCGAAGGCCUCGCCGGCUCCAUCAACCUGCCCUUCAGCCUCCGAUCCAACCGGCCACCGCUGGAGGUUCUCAAGAAGAUCUUCCCCGCUCACAAGCCUCCUGUCCUGGACCUCAUCCUCCGAGGCUGCGGGGGGGAUCUGGUGGGGGCUAUCGAGGUACUGCUGUCCAGCCGGAGUCCUGACGGGAGCGCGCACCCGCACGCAGACUCGCACCAGGACGCCCUAUUGCUACCUUCAAACGGACACCUGUUCGAGCACACCCUGGGCUCCUACCACCCGGUGUCCUCCUCCGCCAAGUGGUCGGUGGGCUCUGCUUUCCGUGUCCCCGAGUCCCUCCGGUUCACAUCCGACUCUGCUUCAGGCGUGGUGUCCACCGGUCCGCUGGGUGUCCCCCUCCAGCACCCGUCCUUCCCGCAGCCCACGCGCUACCCGCUCAUGCUGCGCAACUCUCUGACUCGCAGCCAGGCCAGCCCCUUCAUGCACAACGACGUGACUCUGUGGAAUACCAUGGCUCUGCAGCAGCAGUACCAGCUCCGCUCGGCGGCCCAGUACGUGUCGCCGUUCUCUUCCGCAACUCCAACCGGCCCCGGUGGCUCCUUGUUCCGCAGCUCCCCCAUCCUCCCCUCCAGACCCUCCGAGGAGCCGCGCAUCAGCAUCCAGGAGGAGAGCUGCACGCUGGGAUCCAAACCCGGCCUCUACUCCCCUGAUGAGGAGUACGAAGAACGCUCCGACUCUGCAGACUCCCGCAUCCUGAACUCAUCCACCUAAAGUUGCUGCUGAUGGACUAAUACAGCAGGGGACACCAAAAUGUAUUAUUGUGAAUGGACAUCCAGUGUGUCUGUGUGUGUGUGUGUGUGUGUGUGUGUGUGUGUGUGUGUGUGUGUGUGUGUGUGUGUAGCCAAAUGGGUCUUUUUCUGUCUUGUUUGAAUUGAACUUUGUCAAGCAAUCACCCUUUGAUAAGGUGUUAACCCUCUAACAUCCACUCAUGCUUUGCAGAUGUCACGUGGAAACGACCAAAAAUGGAUGAAUGUACCAGACUCACAUUGUUUUGAAAAUCUCUCCUCUAUUUCCUGCAAGCAUGUUUAGUACUGUGAACAUUUUCGAUGUUAAGGAUCAUCAAUGCAUGUGAAGAGUAUGCCAAAUAAAUCUGAGUUUUCCAAAUGGA